AUGCACGCUUUUUUGCAUCCAGACACUUUGCCAUCGGUGGUAGACGUUUCGCAACCAAGAAACUCGGUUGCAAAGUGUCCGGUUUGGUUGCAAAACGUCCAAUUUCAGAUGUACACCUUUUUCUGGACAAUGUUAUGCGUGAACCUCGUGAAUCUGCUGCUCACUUCGCUGCUGGUCCGCCAAAAUUCGCGACUCAAAAGGUAAUUUUGCGCAUGGCCUAGAAAAAACCUAGGCCACACACACUUUCAGAGAAGGCCACGUGAGUCUGGGCACGAAAUAUCAGCUGGAAGAGGUGUACUUGUCGACGAAAUUCGCCGCAUCCGUCAUUUUUGUGCACGUCUUCUGCUUCGCCUUCUACAUUUCGUGCAUCAUGUCGGCCAGAUACCUCGGCGACCGAGUUAUUGAGGAUCCGAUCGAUUUGACAGCCGUCAAAGGCGCCAUUACUACGGUACGGUCGUAGGAUUACGGUAGCUGAUCCAGGAUGCACGAUAUCUCGGUUGUUUGUGGAGAUAUCAAAAAGUGGUCAACUGAUGAAAUGUGUAGAAUUUAUUGCUGAAUAAUUCAUUAGUUGACCACUUUUUGAUAUCUCUACCGGCAGUUGAGAUAUAAGGCAAAACGAGACGUCAUGCACACAUUCGUAGAAAAUGUCAAACUUUGAACGAAUAUUGUAGAGUUUAGAGUUAGUUGUAGAAAAAAGUGGUUUUACGGUAGUAUGUGUGUGUGUGUGUGAACACUCUGACGACAAAUUGCACAAAAUCGAACGUACCGUACUCGGCGACCAGUUUCAAAUCGGAUUACAAUCCACGAUCACCGAUCCGUUCACUUUUUUCACCGACUCGCCCACAUUCAUCACUUUUCCGUGAUCUUCACACGAAAUUGGCUCCAAAACGAGUGCCACCUCGUUUUUUACGCAUUUAUACGUGAAAAAACCGUCGGUUACGGUCUCGUUGGGAGUGCAUUCUGGAAAAAAAGCGGUACGUACAUUCAAAACGAUGUAUCUCGGUUGUUUGCGGAGAUAUCAAAAAGUAGUCAACUAAUAAAAUGUGUAGAAUUUAUUGCUGAAUAAUUCAUUAGUUGACACCUUUUUGAUAUCUUUACAACUAGCGAAGAUAUAACGUCCUAAACAAGCGGUACCGGACACUUUGCAACUAGCUGCUUGUGUCCUAGUUGCGAAACGUCUUUUUGUAGAUGGUCGGUACGUACAAUUUCAUAAUUGGGACCGUUGCCGUGUACUUGUACAAAAGGAUUCGAACGAAGAAAAGUGUGCGAAUAGCCGGAACGAUCCAGAUGAAAUCGACGGGAAACGCGGGCGCGCACAACUACGAUCACGCCAUUUUCAGCAUUUGGAACAGCGUCAACUCGACUCUCUGA